AUGGAUUCAACUCUGACUGCGCCACCAUGGCCCUCCUCGAGGGAGGAGUCUGAUGCUUCUGUGCCAAAAUCAGUGAAGAAGUUUUAUCGGGGUGAGCCAUUGGCACUGGGGGUGAGUACAGAAUAGUGGAGAGGGGAUCAUAUUUGAAUAUAUAGUGGCUAGCUCAUGACUGCCUGCCUCCUUUGGCACUUCCUUCCGCAUGCCAUAUCAGAAAUCCCGCUGUUGUUGUAUGAGUUGCUGUCUACACAAAUGUAUGCUGAGGUUUUGGGUUGUUUUUUUUUGCAAUGUAACAAGCUUUAUCAAUAGUCUUACAAUACAUUACAGUGGACGCUCAGGUUGCAAAUGUGAUCCGUGCGGGAUGCACAUUCGCAACCCACAGCAUUUGUUACCCACGCCUGCGUGUCUGCACACACGUGGGUUGCAAUUCGGUGCUUCUGUACAUGCACAAAGUGAGAUUUAGCGCUUUUGCGCAUGUGCAACCACCAAAACCCGGAAGUAACCUGUUCCAGUACUUCCAGGUUUCGGCGGUCCGCAACCCGAUAAAACGCAACCUGAAGUAUCUGUAACCCGAGGUAUGACUGUACAUAUAUAGAGUACAUCUCGUAGAGUAAAUUGAUAUUUCAAUUAUAUACAUGUAUAUAAUUGAACAUGCACACACACACACACACACACACACAUACUUGUCUUUUCUUACAUAGUUAUAAACCUUAAGCUUCAGCUAUAUUAUUGCUACUUCUUAUGCGGUUAUUAACAAAGAUUAUUAACAAAAAUUAACGUCUGCUGAGUUCUACGUGACAUGCUCACAGGUAAAUGGGGAUUGGACUGCAACUCCCCCCCCAAAAAAUAUCCUGAGAAAUGUAGUUUACCUCUCACAGAACAGCAUUAGAAACUGAGAUAUGAAAGCUAGGAGCUAAAUGGCACCUUAAACCUAGGUUAUGGGCGCAACAAUGAAAUGCCUAGAUGCACUUUUUUAUAACAAGAAUUUAAAGCCGAAGAUGAACUGCAGCUAAAAUUUUGUGCUCAUUUUUCACAUGGUCUAGUCCUUCCUUUUCUUCUCACCCCCCUGAUAAUAAUAACAACAACAACAACAACAACAAUAAUAAUAAUAAUAAUAAUAAUAAUUUAUUAUUUAUACCCUGCCCAUCUGGGGAAGCCCAGCCCAGCCACUCUAUAUUCUUAAGAGGGUCUCUUCCCCAGUUUUCAGAGAGUAGCUGGAAGUGGGGAGGCAGAAAAAGCUCCCCCUUUCCUUCCACUCUGCAGUUUUAAUCCGAUAUCUUAGGCACAGUACUGUACUGUGCCCAGAGCUCAGAAACUGCUCAUGCUAAUGAAAUUCCAUGUUACGGAAUGCGCCUAGAACAAUGGGAGCUUUGAACACUGUCACAGAACUAUAAUUCCCUGCACUCUUCAACUUGGCUUCAAAUGUAUGGUGCUUCUUUAUGCCGGAAUGAAUAAUCCUUCCAUGUGACGAGUCAAUCGAGAACCUGAGUAUGAGAAAUGGGCUGGAAAUGUGCUCCGCUGCAGUUGCUGUAUAUGUUGCUUUUAAUAAUAAUAAUAAUAAUAAUAAUAAUAAUAAUAAUAAUAAUAUUUCUGCCCUGACCCUGGUACAUUUCGUUAAAAGGCCAUGCUAUGACCACAGCUACAGCUGACGACUGUCCAGAAAGGACUUAAUGAAGCUUAAAAAUACUGAAGGACAGGCAGGGGUCAAACUUAGGUCAAACACUGGUGGGUUUUAGUGGACCUGUGACCUCAGUAACUGCCCCAGCAAUUCAGACAAUGUCUGGGACACUCCUGUGCCUAACUUGGCAAGGCUUGUGAGAGCGCUCAGCCCGGCCACCCUGGCUAUUAGACCAGUCCCUCUGCUCCCGUUUCUGAGCAGAAAUUCCCUCCUCAUCUCCCUGUCUUUUGCUUCACACAGCCACCAAAUGCUUCCCUCUCUCCCUUUUUGGCUUUGGGGCAGCUGCUGCCAAGGGUGACCCUGCAUGAUUGGAAAUUUGCAUCUCCACCACUCCCCCCAUCUUCAAGGCUAACAUCAGUACAGGGGGUAAUUUGAAGCCUGGAACCAGUGGCUGCCUAGAUCAUGGGAAGGCAAACUAAGGCCCGGGGGCUGGAUCCAGCCCAAUCACCUUCUAAAUCUGGUCCGCGACGGUCCGGGAAUCAGCAUGUUUUUACAUGAGUAGAAUGUGUCCUUUUAUUUAAAAUGCAUCUCUGGGUUAUUUGUGGGGCCUGUCUGGUGGUUUUACAUGAGCAGAAUGUGUCCUUUUAUUUAAAAUGCAUCUCUGGGUUAUUUGUGGGGUUUGUCUGGUGUUUUUACAUGAGUAGAAUGUGUCCUUUUUCUGUGGGUUAUUUGUGGGACCUGUCUGGUGCUUUUACAUGAGCAGAAUGUGUGCUUUUAUUUAAAAUGCAUCUCUGGGUUAUUUGUGGGGCAUAGGAAUUCAUUCAUUCCCCCCCCCCAAAAAAAUAUAGUCCGGCCCCCCACAAGGUCUGAUGGACAGUGGACUAGCAACCUGUGUGUCUUAGUAAGCAACUUGUGUCAUUUUAAGGGUUUAGGAUACCCCCUAAAAACCCAGUCUGGAAUGAGUUGGCUCUGCCUGCCAUUGGCUCUGUGCAAGUUUGGAAUGGAUGACUUUCAGGCUCCCUUCCAACUCUACGAUUCUGUGAUCCUGCCUUCACCUGCUGUGGCCUUUCCACCUUCUGCCCUACCAACCACCUACCAAGCACCACACCCCAGAGCUGUCCCCGUGAGCCUGUUUAUUUGCCUUCCCCUGUCUGAUGUUUGAACUGCAACCACCAGGAAGUCCAAAAAAUCUACUGCCUGUCUCCUCAGACUGAGUUCAGAGGGACUUCCUCCCAAGUAAGUGCAUUGAGGAUUGCAGACUUUGGUCCUGCUUUCCCUGGCCAUGAACUGUAGGUGGCUCCUUUGAGCAUUUCUGUUUUGUUCCAAAGACUCAAGACUACCUUACAUGUUAUGUUAAGUUUAUCCAGUAGCAAACUUUGGCCUUUAAAAUUUCAGUGUCGCCCUGUGCAAUGCUAAAAUUCAGCUCCCUGCUGCCUCUCAUCUUCCAUGGCUUGUUAUUGUUGCAGCAUCCUCUGCAGGCUGCCUCUGGUUUGGCCCUUGGAAGCUCUCAGUUGUAGAUAUGUGAUGAUUAUAAGGAUAUUGCUGGAGUCCAUUGAUGUUUAUAGGCACCCUGUAGGUUAGUUAUCCUAUGGGCAGACAAGCAGGUAACAUUCACAAAGAAGAAGAAGAAGAUUCCCCUUGGAGAAGGCAUUCAUGCCAGAAAAAACAUCAAGAUCUGAAGUGAUCUUUAUUUGCUCUGUGGGUAGAAAGUGUGGUGAUGCGAAAACCUGGUUUUAUGUUUUCUUUGCAGAUCACACAGAUCCUCCUCGGAAUCACGCACAUUGCAUUUGGAGUUGUGUUUAACCUAAUGGGCAAUCACAGAGGAUCUUACAUUGCUAUAGAACAACCACUCUGGGCUGGAAUCUUGGUAAUUCUACAUAUAAUAUCUCUCUGUGUUAAACCCCCCCCCCCAGCAACCUAAAAAAACAAAACAGUUCCUUCAGGAUUCACCCGAGAGUAAGGCAGAGAUGAAAAUAUCAGUGACUACAUUAUUACAUGAGCACUGUUCCACAGCAUUUGAUAUUUUCAUUUACAUAUUCAUUCGAAAUAAGUUGGGUUUAUGAAGCAAUUCUCUAUCUUCCCACCAUGCUGACGAAGAAUUCUACGAAACAGUAGUCAAUAUCCGGAAUCACUGUUCUUCGCUUCAUUUAAAUAUUUUCAGAGACUUUGAGAUUAAAGAUUUCAUUUUGGACUUGUUAUGGUUUGAAAGAAUUCUAUAAAAGAUUGACUAUUGUGUAUGUACAUGGUCUUCCGUUUCCUAGACAUUGCUGACAUUCUCUUUGCAACACAGGGGUUUGUUUGGUUACUUACAUCUUGCUUUCUAGGCAGGGACCCAAUGAAGAAGUAGGCAGUGGCACCUGGUGCUCCACCCUCUCCCACUCCCUGUUGUUUGGUCCAAUGUGACAGGUAGCUGGAUGCAGCACUGGCGAGGAGGAGGAGGUCCAGGGGCCUUGUUCCGACAUGACCCCUGCUAAGAUAAGAGCUCUUGGAAGAUGCCUGAACUUGCCAACCCUUGAUACCAACUAUUGAUGCCUGCCGGCAUCAAGUGUGCUGAGUUAGAGGCAGAGAGAGACUGGAAAAGGCCCACAAUGGGGAACUGCAAACUACAAGAGCCUCCCUGCCACAGUGAUUAGUGUGUUACACUAAGACUGGGAAACUGUGGUUUGCAUUCAACUUACCUUCUACGUAUGAGAAAAUGCCUUGUAAUCUUGUUCAUUGUUUCUGUCUUCCUCUCCCAUGUCUUACAGUACAUCAUUUCGGGAUCUCUGUCUGUGGCAGCUGCCAGGAACCCCAAAGUGCCAAUGGUAACUAAUUUGUUUUCGGGCACACACAUCUGUGUGACAUGACGGGAGGUGAAGCACACAAUUGGUGACGUCUUCUGCUUGCCAUUUAAGGCUCCCUCCUGGAAUUCCUGGUCUGAAGCUAUCAUGCCCAACCUCAUGUGUUUUCCCCGAGGAAGUUCUGUGGAUUACUUUGUGAGGUUUAGGAACUUGGCUCAGGCCAAGCGUCAGAUUGGAUUGACACAACAUUAGAAAUGGAGGGGAAAUUUGAUUCAGUAUGCACCAAAAGCUGAAUGUAUAAAAUCGGCACUUUCUGAAAUGAUAUGCAUUUGAAAGCUACAGAUAUCCUUUUAAAUCUGUAUUUAGUUGAAUUUUGCAAUGCGCUUCUCCAACCACCCAGUGUUUACGAAAAUGCAUUUAUUAGGAGAAUGUGCAUAAAGAUGAAGAUAUUGUCAGCUUUUCAGUCGCAAACAAUGAUUUCCCUCUACUCCAUAUUUUGGGUUCAACUACACACUUAAAAAAGGAAAUCCUGCCCCAAUCUCAGACAGCUCAUAGCUGGUCAGCUGCAGCUGGUUAGAAUCUGAUAGUUUUUAACAUUUUUUUAAAAAAUAUUGUGGGAUAUUUCCAAAGCAAAGGAUAUUUACCCAUACAAGUCGAAAGCUUAAAUGGGUGCUAUUGUCCCACAAUGGAACCUGCCCUCCCCACCUCAUGUGAAACUCAAGGGGUGGGGCUCUGCAUCAGUGUAUUGCAACACCAUAGGAUGUCCCCAGAAGCCCCAUCUGUCUCCUGUUCUGGGUGCCACAAUUUAAGAAGGAUAAUGACAAGCUGGAACAUGUGCAGAGGAGGGCAACCAAGAUGAUCAAGGGUCUGGAAACCAAGUCUUUUGAGGGAGUUGGGUGUGUUUAGUCUGGAUAAGAGGAGAUAUAAUACCAGGCAGAUUGUUGUUUAAUCGUUUAGUCAUGUCCGACUCUUCGUGACCCCAUGGACCAGAGCACGCCUGGCAUUCCUGUCUUCCACUGCCUCCCGCAGUUUGGUCAAACUCAUGCUGGUAGCUUCGAGAACACUGUCCAACCAUCUCUCCCUCUGUCGUCCCCUUCUCCUUAUACCCUCAAUCUUUCCCAACAUCAGGGUCUUUUCCAGGGAGUCUUCUCUUCUCAUGAGGUGGCCAAAGUAUUGGAGCCUCUCAGGGCUAUUGUCACCAUUGUAGAGGUCAACAGAGCUAGAAUUGCUUAAUGCAGGAGUAGGCAACCUAAGGCCCAGGGGCCCGAUGUGGCCCAAUCGCGUUUUAAAUCCGGUCCACGGAUGGUCCGGGAAUCAGUGUGUUGUUACAUGAGUAGAAUGUGUGCUUUUAUUUAAAAUGCAUCUCUGGGUUAUUGUGGGGCAUAGGAAUUCGUUGUCUCCCCCCCCCAAAAAAAAUAUAGUCCGGCCCACCACAUGGUCUGAGGGACUCUUCGCUUAAUGAAAUAAUGUUAUAUGUCACCAUUUUUAGGUGAAAGGCAUGCUUGGAAUGAAUGUGGUGAGUUCUGUGGCAGCCGGCAUUGGAAUUGUGUUGCUCUGUUUCCAUUUGGAAUUUUACGCACCAGAAUGGGAAGCAGAAUCCUUUUGCCGUUAUCAGUAUUCAGGCAAUACUACACUGUCAGAGUGCAUUAAAACUCGCAUAAUCCCUUGGGUAAGUGCAGGUCUCACCAAUACUGAGGGUGCUAGCAAACCGUUGUUAUUUUGGGGCGAUAUUCCAGGAGCACCCCGGCCAAUUGAGGUUGUACCAUUAAAGUGGAUUUAGAGUUCACAGGCCACAAACCCACUUCCUCCAAAGAUGAUACUUUGCAAGAAGGAAAGCAAUGGAUAAACGUACUGGGAAGUGUGGGGAAACACUUGCUUGAGGCAAAGUUUGAGUGAAUGCUGAAUAAAUGGUCAACAUUGUCCAAUCUCCCUGCAAAGGGAGGAGGAGGGACACAGAACAGGGUGAAACAGGGUGCCUUAGCUCCUGGAGGGUCCUGUCCGUGAAGAGAGGAAGUAAUUUGUGUCACUAAUAUAAUCUCUCGUAAUCAUUAGCAGAGGUGAAACUAGGCUUUCUUUCACCCGGGUCAAAGACCCAGUUUGGCACACACAGACCCCACAUGCAUUUGUUUACACACACAGGCUGGGAGCCUCUGGUGGCUUCAAAAAACCUGGCUCACCACCCUAUAGCUACAGCACUGGCUUUGAAAUAACCAGAACAACAGACGGGGAAUAGUGAUUACUUUGAUCUUGGAAUUACGUAUGUUUGGUGCAUUUUGCAUUGUCCCAGCGACACUUAAGCAAUUGCAAGCCUUGUGGGUUCUUGAGGUAGGCAGCCAAGUUAGGCAGCCAAGUUAGUCUGCUGCUCCCCGGUGUCCGGGGGCACUGGGUAUCUGUGUGCAUUAUUAUUUUUGUUCUUGUAUCCCACCUGAUCACUAAUAAAAUAAAUAAUAAUAAUAAUAAUAAUAAUAAUAAGAAGAAGAAGAAGAAGAAGAAGAAUAAUUUAUUAUUUAUACCCCACCCAUCUGGCUGGGUUUCCCCAGCCACUCUGGGCGGCUUCCAACAAAACACUAAAAUACAACAACCUAUUAAACAUUAAAAACUUCCCUAAACAGGGCUGCCUUCAGAUGUCUUCUAAAAGUUUGGCAGUUAUUUUUCUCUUUGACAUCUGGUGGGAGGGCAUUCCACAGGGUGGGUGCCACUACCGAGAAGGCCUUCUGCCUGGUUCCCUGUAACUUGGCUUCUCACAGGGAGGGAACCACCAGAAGGCCCUCGGCGCUGGGCCUCAGUGUUUGGGCAGAACGAUGGAGGUGGAGACGCUCCUUCAGGUCUCCAAGGAACUCAAGGUGGUCUACAUGCUCUAAACAACCUUGUGGGGUUGAAGGGCUGGGCUGAAAGAGAUAACCUGCCCAAAGGCACCUGGCAAGUGGGGAUUUGAACCCUGGACUGCCAGGUCCUAGUCUGAGACUCUUUGAAAUACAUCUAUAGACAAGCAUACACCUUGCUGGAGGGUAAUUCCCUUUGCUGGGCUCUCUGCUUCAUCGACAGAACAUGUUGUAUGGAAUCCUGGCUGUCUUCCUAGUAUUCAACAUCCUUGAGUUUUGCAUCGCUAUCUCCACGGCUGCGUUCGGGUGUAAGACUGUUUGCCAGGACAACUACACCGAAACGGUAACAUUGAAAAGAGAGUGGGGUUUGGUAACCAGAGCAGGCAGAGAUUCAGGGACAGGGUCCUAAAAUAAGGGGUAUUGUAGAAUAACGAUAUUCCAUGUUGGGGCUGGAAGUCUGCCUCUAAAACUCUUAGCUCAUUGUUCCUGAAAUAUACUCAGAGUCCUGUAGUGAUUUCAUGCUCUUUAUUGCAGCUUGUAAAACAGUGAUUGAAUUGCCCCCCAAACCUCAGGCUUUUAUAUACAUUAUUUACACAACGUGUCCCGUCUGAUUGGCUGAUUCUGCUUCCCUUCUGGAGCCUGAUUGGUCUUUUCCUGUAGGCUAAUCAGUUGUUGCAUUCUACAAUCCUACCAGCCUAAUAGGCUGAUUAACUUCUUCCUGGAGCCUGAUUGGUCUUCUCCUGCAAGCCAAUCAGUUGUUGCAUUCUAGGAUCCUACUUGCCUAUUGUUCUAGGAUACAAGGUUAGUACAUAACAGCUCCUAAGCUCCCAUUGCAGUGCGAAACAGAUGUAUCUAGCUAGAAAGAAUUGGUUUGCUGUCAGCACUAUGGACUAGAAAACCACCUAGCAGCACCAUCAAGAUCCUGAAAUACUCGGGGAACCUCCAUGGAUGCAAAAGGCUUCCUGCUGCAGAUGGUUACCUUGAAGGCAGCUGAAACAGUGAUGGAGCUAGCAGACUCAUCCUGACAGCCUCCCUAGGUGCUAAUUGCGGGUGGAAGGGCUGUGGCUCAGUGAUACAGCAUCUGCUUUGCAUCUAGGAGGUCCCAAGUCCAACCCCCCACAGCCCUUCCCUUAUUUAUCAAGAGCCAAACUUCGUUGUUGUUAUUCAGAAGCUGAGCAUCACAGUAAAUGCACAGCAAAGCUGAUUUUACUCUUGGAGUGUUCUUUUCUGCAGGUUGUGGUGGUUUACCAGAAUGCGACCCCAGGCGAUGCUCUUGGUCUUCCAGCUGCUUGCAAGGAUCCCGAUUCCCCCUGA